AUGGAGAGUAGUGACAGAGUGUGGAAAAAGGUUAGGGUUAGUAACAGUGUGGACAGGGUCAGGUCAUUGUACUGCUAGGGCGUUGCUGUUCUCAGUGGGAUAUUUGGGGAAACAUAAAUCUGCCCUCCAGACUGUUACAGUAACUAAGUUGGAUGUGAGAUUUACUGAUCGAACUCUGACACGCAACACAAUACAGCCCUUGUAACGGCAGCUGCAGCCUAAUAAAAGUUUUUUCAAAAGAUUUCCAUGAAGUUAUUGUGUAACAGAGCAGGAUGUACAUAUUCUAUAGUGGCUCUAUUGUAGACUGGCAUUGGGUGCCACCUAUUGGUUCUGGUACGCUACUACAACAUCACCCCUUGUUACCUAAGACUAUCUCACAGAUAGAACAAUAAGACAGAUAUUUCACCGGAUGUAUAAAUGUGAAGCAUCUUCUUGGCGUUUCCACUGGAUUUUGGCCAACUAUGACUCAUUUGUUCCCAUUGAAGACCACAGCCUGUCGUUUAUCUUGGUUUAGUUAUACAAAUCUUUGAUUUUCUGACAUGCUGAAACCUCACUGGCUUUCAUUUCAUAACCAUGACCUUGCAGAUGUUUGAUAAGCAUGAUGACCUUAGUCAGUGUUUGACAUUCAAAGGCAUGUAUCAAAUAAAGGAAAAACAAACAAGGGCUUGUUAUGAUACUCUAACUAUGACAUUUUCAUGGAAAGAAUACAAUAUUGGUCACAAAAACAAAGGCUGUAGUGCUGUGAGUCAGACAGAUGGUCACAGGAUGUGGUGCGUUUUGCAUCAUUUUUUAAUAUGGUGGACAUGACCUAAGUCAUGAGAUCCCAGUCAUCCCACCGCUACCUCAUGAGAUGGUUAACCAUGUGACUUCUGGGUAGAUGAGUUGUUUGUUUGUUAUGUUAGGACUCGUGAGUUGACUUGGACUUGAAAGCUAGGGACUUAGGACUUGAGUCAAACUCUAGAUUUAGGAACUUGACUACAUCACUGCCACUAAGUGCCUAACCUUCUCUCGUCCUCCCUCUCUCUCUCCGUCUUCUUCUUCCUAGGUGAUCAGCUGUUUUGGCAUCGCCGUCCUGACUGGUCGCUACGUGGGCUUUGCUGUGGUGGCCCUCCUGGUUGAGAUCAACUCUGUGUUCCUCCACCUGCGCCAGAUCUUACGCAUGGCCAACCUAGUGGCGGGCGACCUCUACCGCAUCAACAGCAUGGUCAACCUAGGUACUGUCAUGUUCAUAAGGUUUCAAUGAUGAAAGCAUAUUUUGAAUGAACAGCUAGCUUGUGCUAGUCAUUAUCUAUAACUUCACAUCAUGAGGUGUUGCCAUGAAGUGGUUUGUUUACAUUACGUUUCAACUGUAGUAAGUUGAUUAUACAAAUGUUAGCAUCAUAGAAUUACAUAUACACUGAACAGAAAUAUAAACACAACAUGUAAAGUGUUGGUCCCAUGUUUCAUGAGCUGAAAUAAAAGAUCCCAGAAAUGUUCCAUACGCACAAAAUGCUUAUUUCUCUCAAAUUUUGUGCACAAAUUUGUUUACAUCCCUGUUAGUUAGCAUUUCUCCAUUGCCAAGAUAAUCCAUCCACCUGACUAGUGUGGCAUAUAAAGAAGCUGAUUAAACAGCAUGAUCAUUACACAGGUGCCCCUUGUGCUGGGGACAAUAAAAGGCCACUCUAAAAUGUGCAGUUCUGUCACACAACACAAUGCCACAGAUGUUUUGAGGGAGCUUGCAAUUGGCAUGCUGACUACAGGAAUGUUCACCAGAGCUGUUGCCAGAUAAUUGAAUUAAUUUCUCUACCAUAAGCCGCCUCCAAUGUUGUUUUAGAGAAUCUGGCAGUACGUCCAACUGGCCUCACAACCGCAGACCACUUUUUUUUUUUUUUAAAGGUAUCUUUGACCAACAGAUGCAUAUCUGUAUUCCCAGUCAUGUGAAAUCCAUAGAUUAGGGCCUAAUUUUUUAUUUUAAUUGACUGAUUUCCUCAUAUGAACUGUAACUCAGUAAAAUCUUUGAAAUUGUUGCAUGUUACGUUUAUAUUUUUGUUCAGUAUAGAAUUACAUAUAAUAGGAUCUCUGUUCUUAGCGCUAAGACGUACUGCUGACAAUAACAAACUGCAUAUCAUUCCAGGUACCUACGUGGUGUUCCGGAUCAACACCCUGGCCUGGAUGACCCGCUGGCUGGUCCUGAACCGGGACAACAUCCCCCUGUUCAGCUACACAGUGGGGAGUAUAGGGCUAGCCAUCAUGACCGCCAUGAAUAUAGUGCUGUUCUACCGCCUGCUGAGGUCUGACUUCCUUAAGAGUAGUGCACCCACGCCCACGGAGGGUAAAGAGAGUAGAGGGUAA